AUGGCGGCGAACAUUAACGGCGUAUUCAACGAAAAUUUACAAAAUGCAAUACUUCAAAGUAAAGUACUUAUCGUGGGUGCUGGUGGUAUUGGAUGUGAAAUAUUAAAAAAUCUUGUUAUGACAGGAUUUACCGAUAUCGAAAUUAUUGAUUUAGAUACAAUUGAUGUUAGUAAUUUAAACAGACAAUUUCUGUUUCAAAAGAAACAUGUGGGAAAGUCAAAAGCUGAUGUUGCAAGGGAAACAGCUUUAACAUUUAAUCCUGAUGCAAAAAUAGUUCAUUACCAUGACAGUAUUACAUCUUCUGACUAUGGAAUAUCAUUUUUUAAAAAGUUCACAUUGGUUAUGAAUGCACUUGAUAAUAGAGCAGCUAGAAAUCAUGUAAAUAGAAUGUGCUUAGCUGCAGAUGUACCAUUAAUUGAAUCUGGUACAGCUGGUUAUGAGGGACAAGUAGAACUUAUAAAGAAAGGAUUAAGUCAAUGUUAUGAAUGUACACCAAAGGCUGCACAAAAGACUUUUCCUGGUUGCACAAUUCGUAAUACACCUAGUGAGCCAAUUCAUUGUAUAGUAUGGGCAAAACAUUUAUUCAAUCAGUUAUUUGGUGAAGAAGAUCCUGAUCAAGAUGUUUCUCCAGAUACUGCUGACCCAGAAGCAGCAGCUGGUGCAGGUGAAGGUGCUCUAAAUUCAGAAACUAAUGAAAAAGGAAAUGUAAAUAGAGUAUCAACUAGAGCUUGGGCACAAUCAUGUAAUUAUGAUCCAGAAAAGUUAUUUACAAAAUUAUUUCAUGAUGACAUCAAAUAUUUGCUUAGUAUGGAUAAUUUGUGGAAGAAAAGGAGACCACCUACUCCUGUAAAUUGGAAAGACUUACCAGAUGGAGUACCAGGAUGUAGUAAAGAAGUUAAUGAACCUGGCUUGAAAGAUCAACAACGUUGGAGUAUUUUUAAAUGUGGUACAAUAUUUGCUGAAUCAAUAAAAAAUUUAAACAAUACUUUGAAAACCUCCCUGGAAAAGGCAUCAAACAACCACCUUGUUUGGGACAAAGAUGAUCAGAGUUCAAUGGAUUUUGUUGCAGCAUGUGCCAAUAUAAGAGCUCAUAUUUUUGGCAUACCUCAGAAAACUAGAUUUGAUAUAAAAUCUAUGGCAGGAAAUAUAAUUCCCGCAAUUGCAACUACAAACGCUAUAGUUGCUGGUUUAGUUGUUCUUCAUGCAUUCCGCAUUCUUGAAAAUAAUUUAAAAGCAUGUAGAUCUGUAUAUUUGCGUUCGAAAAUGAACCAUCGCAAUCAAUUAUUGGUACCAGAAAAGAAUGUGAAUCCACCAAAUCCAAAAUGUUAUGUAUGUGCACCCACACCACAGGCUGUACUAGCAAUUGAUACAUCUAAAGCAACAAUCAAAGAAUUAGAUGAAGUAGUGCUGAAAAAUAGGUUGAAUAUGAUUGCUCCAGAUGUUAUGAUAGAUGGUACUGGCACUGUUGUGAUCAGCAGUGAAGAAGGAGAAACCGAACAAAAUAAUGAUAAACAUUUAGAAGAAUUAGGAAUUAAAGACGGCACCAUACUCAAGGUGGAUGAUUUUCAACAAAAUUAUUCGCUAACUGUCACUAUAGUUUUUAGAGAACGACCAAAUGUAAAAGACGAUAGUCCUGAUUUCCUCAUCUUAGCCGACGAAAAAGAUCUUAAACCUAAGGAAGACAAUGACUUAGUGCAACCAUCUACUUCCAAUGGACAGGACACAUCUGAUGACAAUGUAAUGAUUGUUGAAACUGAAAUUACUCCAUCAGAAGUAUUUAAGAAACGUAAAACUGACUCUCCUGAAGCAAACGUAUCUUUCAAGAAACGAAAAUUGGAAGUUAAUGAUAUAGAUGAUGAUAUUUCUAUUAUUGAAAAUGAUAUAAAUAAUGAUACCGCUAAGACAAAAUCAAAAUCUAGAAUACAUAAGAGCUCAAUAGAUGAUGACUGUUUAAUUGUACACGAUGAUAACAUGCAAAAAGAAUGCAGUUCCGGAGUGAGUGAAUGA